UGUAAGGUAACAAUCCCAGUCUCCAUAUGAGAAUUUUCCCAGGCCCUUGAUCAUUCCCUGGACCCCUCUAGUUCUGCAAUAUCCUGUGUGAGAAGGGUGUCCAAUACUACACAGAGGAGUCCAGAGAAGGGCACCUUGAGAAUUUCUGAGCCUGAUGGAUGCAUCGACCACCUCAUGGCAUCUUUCAACUUCACCCACUCUGACCCUUCAGCAUUUAUCCUAAUGGGCAUCCCUGGCCUGGAAGAUGCAUAUAUGUGGAUUUCCAUCUCUUUCUCUACAUUAUACAUUAUCGGUCUUUUGGGAAAUUUCACGGUUCUGUUUGUUGUAGGUAAAGAGCAGACCCUGUACAAGCUGAUGUACCUGCUGCUUUCCAUGCUGGCAAUCACAGAUAUAGGCAUAUCUACCUCUGUCGUGCCAAAGGCACUGUGUAUAUUUUGGUUCAAUUUGAAAGGAAUUAACUGCCUCACCCAGACGUUCUUCCUUCAUGCAGUUUCUGUUAUGCACUCAGCCAUCUUCGUGACAAUAGCCUUCAAUCGCUACGUCGCCAUAUGUAGCCCUCUGAGAUAUUCCACAAUCCUCACCAACAAAAGACUAGCUAAGCUAGGGCUAGUGGCUUUAGUAAGAGCUGUUCUCUUUGCUCUUCCUCUGCCCUUGCUCCUGAGGAGGCUGCCAUUCUGUGCCAACCACAUUAUCCCCCACAAUUACUGUGACCACAUGGCUGUGGUGAAGAUGUCGUGUGGGGACAUCACAGUCAACAGGACUUAUGGCCUGGUGAUGGCUUUUGUUGUCAUUGGGUUAGAUCUGAUGCUUGUUGCCCUGUCCUAUGGUCUGAUCAUCAGGGCCAUCCUCAGAAUCUCCUCCAAGAAGGCCUACCCGAAAGCCUUCAACACCUGCACAACACACAUCUGUGUGAUGCUGACGUCUUGUAUUCUUUUCCUCUUCUCCAGUCUGACACAGAGAUUUGGUCAGGGCAUCGCUCUCCACAUUCACAUUAUCUUGGCCGACCUCUUCUUCCUCAUCCCCACCAUGCUCAACUCUAUCAUUUAUGGGGUCAAAACCAAAGAGCUUUGCGAGAAAGUGGGCAAAUACACUUGCAAAAGGUGA